AUGGCACAUCUUCUUCUUACUCUCACCCUUCUCUCCCUCCACGUUUCCCCAUCCACACCAUCCCUACCACCAUCCACCGCCGCAGCAGCAUGCCGUGACACGUGUGGCUCAACCAAGGUGAAGUUCCCCUUCGGCACCGGCCCAGGCUGCGGCUCCCCUCUCUUCAGUCCCUACGUAACCUGCGCCUCAAACGGCACCGCCGACCAACUAUUCCUCAAAACCCACACGGCCGCCACAUACCCUAUCACCUCCAUCUCCUACACCACCUCCACCGUCACCCUCGCCCCGCCCUCCAUGUCCACAUGCGCCGCCAUGCACCCCGCCUCCACAAACUUCGCUCUCGACUGGACCUCCCCCUUCCAGCUCGCCUCCUCCACCUUCCUCCUCCUCUCCUGCCACCCCUCCCUCUCCCUCUCCUCCCCCCUCUGCGACCCCUCCUUCGACUACCUCUGCGCCUCCCUCUACACCUGCCCUGCCGUGGCCGCCCUCGGCCUCCCCCUCUUCCCUCCCACCAACUCCUGCUGCGUCUACUCCCCGGCGAACCUCAACGCCAACGGGCAGCUCGACCUCAACGCCAUGAAGUGUGGGGCCUACGCUUCGGUUGUGUCUCUGGGCGACACCCCCACUGACCCCUCGCGGUGGGUAUAUGGGGUAGCGUUGAAGUUCUCCCAUGGCGGAGCCUUGGAUAACAACUACGUGACAACCAAGUGCAGUGGGUGUGAGAGUAGUGGUGGAGUUUGCGGUUUUGCAGAGCCUGGGAAUGCGUUUGUGUGUGUUUGUAAAGGAGGGUACAACACCAGCUUGGAUUGCUCCUCUACUUACAACCAGAACCAGGACUAUCUAUGGGACUCUGCUUCUGCUUAUCCUUUCUUCAUCUCUUGGUAUGUUUGGAGUUCCAUUUUGGGUGGUGUCAUUUUGAGCUUAGUAUGA